CGCUUCACUGCCACUAUCCUAUAUAUCCUCCGAUUUGAGCAAAUCUAGGAACAGAAAAAAUCAAAGCUUUCCUGUGUUCUGUCACAUAUCAAAUUCAUAAUUUACCAUCGACCCUACUGCAGGCUGCAGGUUUUGAAUCCCAACGUUGAACGUCGACUCACAGUACUGGACAGGAGGGAGAUGACAUCAAAAUGUCCCCAGUGUGGGACUGUCGCUCGUUCUCUCAGUCCGUCUGACGAGAAACAAGGGAAUGUCAACGAAAAUUCUCAAGUGGGGGUGGAUCAGGAAUCAAUCAGGAAGGCAGAGGACCUAGAGUGGCUAAAAGAAAAGAACGAAAUGCUCACGCUUCACUAUAUGGUGGAAAACUCGCCGUGGAAGGACGAAGACAUGCCAGGGAUAGAACCACGCCUCGACCAUUACCCUCCCAUCUUCGAUUUCGGCGUCGCAUUCACCAUGCCCAAAAUUCUCGACUUUACUGUAAAGAAAGGAAUCAUUGAGAAAUUGCCAGCGUCGGACGAUACUGUGCGGAGACUACGUAUUGAUAUCCAAAAUUACUUCAACGAGAAAUUCGGCUUCAGAUUCACACUCGAGUAUGGCAUGCCACAAAUUGUCUCGAAGGAGCGUCUCUUCAGCUUCAGCGUGUGGACCAAUUACAAAUGCUGUCUUUCUGAGAGCAAGAAAUCGCACGUUGUGGAGGUGAUGAAGAGCGAGUUUGAGGUGGAGGAAUUGACAUGGUUCAUAUCAUACAUGAACAAGGGGCUCGCUCAGGUCCCACUACAUGGUGCCAGGUUUGUAGCUCACUCUCUCAGGGAACAUUCACUUGCUCGCCUUUGCAUUGUAGAAGAUCAAUUUUUGGCAUUUUUGGCGGUUGGACGUCAAGUUAAACGUUAA